AUGGGUGUUGCUAUACAAACAUUAUGGAUAUGGCUGCUGCCAGCGAUGGUGGCUGCCAGGGUUCUUCCAAACGUCGGCGAUGGGCUGGACGAACCAAUUUGCCGCACCUAUACUUUAGAUGAAUUGGUUUACUCAGAUUGUUCAGAUCGUGUACUGACAGAACUUCCAGACAAAUUGAAUUAUGACGCGCAAGUAUUGGUUUUGUCGAACAACAACUUCGGGUCCUUUCCGGCGGAGCUUGCGAAUUUCUCUCAAGUAGAAAUACUGGACUUGUCUGGAAACCGUUUAACGAGUCCACUCCCAAUCUUUUUACAAAAGUUUCAAAAUCUGCAUACUCUGAAUUUAUCAAACAACAUAUACGAUGCAUGGCUAAGCAGCAACAUUGAAUACAACAUUAAAAUACUAGAUCUAUCGAAAAACAAGAUCAACAGUGUCGACAUAAAAGCGUUCGCUAGGAUGCCGAACUUAUCCACCCUAGAUCUAUCAGAAAACAGAAUUUAUGAAUUACCACCAACAGUAUUUACAGACGCUAAUAAUUUAGACACACUUAUUUUGUCCAGAAAUUACUUCUCAGAAGUACCUAACUUCCAGUCUCAAUCUUUGAGGAGUUUAAGUUUGAGUAACUGUCAAAUCGCAAAAAUAAACGUCGGAUCUCUUACGGGAAUGAAUUCUAUAUUGACAAUCGAUUUAUCCAUGAACCAAAUCGAUAAAUUACCGGACGGUUUUGUUUCAGACACUUUACAAGAAUUAGACUUAAGUUACAAUGAAAUCAGCGUCCUGACAGAUCGCACUUUCUCCGCACUACCACAUUUGGCAGUGUUAGACUUGAGAGGAAACGAAUUCAAAGAUGUAUGGUCAACCUCACACUUCGCCUCGAAUCCGUUUUUGAGGGAAGUUCACGUGAAGGGAAACCGAUGGAGCUGCGAGGGAUUCAACGUCAACCUUUUACUGACUUAUGAAUAUUUGACAAAGGAACCGCCGAAGAUUGCGGACAGAGCCUCCCUUAUCUGCUACUCACCAUCAAAUGUGACACAAAUGAGUUGGCAGCAAGCUUAUAUAUUGACGUGGCAUCCUAAUGAAUCGUCCAUGCAGUCGUACACAAUGAUGGCAGUGUUUGUCGGCAUUAUAAUAGGCAUUGUCAUAACUUCAUGUGUCUGUAGAGGACUAAUGUCCAUCAACAAGCCAGAAAUACCGCGAGCUACUACAGAAACUAGCGGUAUAAAUGGCACCACUACUCAACCUAGAGUCGAAAGCGUUAUCAUGAGAAUUCCUUUAAGAGAAGAUCUACCACCAAGUUACGAUGAAGCGCUAUUAAUGCCUCGUCUCAAUGCGUCGUUUCACUCUUUACCGGAUUUCGUAGACGAUGAAGACGAUGAGACAUUGGAUCGUCUAUGUCUAGCAAAUGCAGAAAUAUCGGACAUCGAUAACAGUGAUGGAAACUACGUGUGCUAUGUAUGUGCGUGCAGCGCCGACAGGAGCAGUGUUGACUGUUCUAAAAGGGGUUUAACAAAUUUUCCCGACGGCAUCAGUGAAAAGGUGACGAAACUCAACGUGUCAGACAACGAGAUUUCACUUUUUCCACAAAAUUUAAAUAAGCUCGUCAAUCUUAUAUCACUCGAUCUUAGUGGUAAUCAACUAAGCUUUAUGCCGGAGAAUGCUCUUGAAAAUCUGACAUCACUUGAACUACUGAACUUAUCGCGAAACAACUUUGAUACGUGGCUGAACUUAAACCCUAAUGAUGUACUUCAACCAGUAACAAACUUGAAGAUUCUUGACCUGUCUUAUAAUAAAUUUCAGACUUUGGCAAAUUUAGCAAAUCAGGAGCUUUUAAUAAGUUCAUCUUUAGAGACAUUGAUUUUAGAUAAUUGUAAAAUAACUUCAAUACAUGGUCGAUCACCACUAAGUGGUUUGAUAAAUAUACGGGUGUUCAAAAUUAACUUCAAUCCAUUGUCAAGGAUUCAAGGUCUUGUUUCGCCAACAUUAAAAAGUUUUUAUGUUAGUAACUGUCAACUGAGUUCUAUAAACCACAAUGAACUAUCAUAUUUACCUUCGCUAGUAUACUUACAACUUUCCUAUAAUUAUGACUUAAUUUUACCUAUUUCUUCAGACAGCCCAGUGUCAAGUUCACUGAGAUAUUUAGAUAUUUCAUUUUGUAACAUCAUGCAAAUAAAUCUUGCGGGAUUUCCUAAUCUAAGAAAAGGUCUUUUAAGUCAUAAUGUGAUAAGGUACUUAGAGAGCAACAAUUUUAUUAACAACUCUAAAUUAGAGUAUUUGGAUUUAUCGUAUAAUAAUAUCGGCUCUCUUAAAAGCGAUACGUUUCGAGGACUCGGUAUACUAAAAUAUUUAGACUUGUCAUGGAAUGAAAUUGCAAACUUACCGGAAAACAGUUUACUGGAGAUGCCUUCAUUAUCACAUUUAAAACUACGCAGAAACUAUCUAACGAGGGUUGGACAUCUAAAAUCUACAUCUGUUGCUAUUCUAGAUAUGAGUUACUGUGAAAUUAAUACUAUUGGUAAGGAUUCUUUGGAAGGCUGGCAGUCACUUGUUGAUCUAGACUUAUCACAUAAUUUACUGUCUAACAUUCCAGACAGUAUUUCGUCUAAUACGUUAAAAUAUUUAAAUCUAAACUACAAUAGAAUAAAUGCUGUAAGUAACUACACAUUCUUCAUGUUACCAAGACUAACAGGAUUGGGUGUUAUAGGAAACCGAUUUACGGCAAUAUGGAGUAGAUCAUACUUUGAUUUCAAUCCUUAUUUAGAGAGACUGGAUCUAGGUGAUAAUAUGUGGCGAUGUGAUUGUGCUGAUGGCAACAUGUUUGACUUUUAUGAAUUUGUUACAUUGGAACCUAAUAAAAAAGAAGAAUCAUAUAAUCUUAUUUGCAAUAGUCCUGUAAAUUUGGUUGGACAAACGUGGUUAGAAGCAUGUUAUUUAAUAUGGAAUCCGAAUGAAAAGGUAGCAAAUGCAGAUAGUUUAGUUUGGUUUUUAGUAAUAAUGAUUGUAGGCUUAGCAUUAUGUUUAUUGUUAGUGAAUGGAAUAAGGAGAUCCAUGAAUCGCCGAUUAGCAUCUAUGCAAGCAGAGAGAGAAAGACAAGUUGAAGAAGCUAGAGAGAGAUUGAGACAAUUGAGAAUGCGUGCAGAACAAGAAGCUUUGUGCAACACUCCUGAUCCACGAGACCUAGUGGCUCCACCGUCUUAUGAUGAAGCUCUUUCUAUGCCUAAACUUAAUAUAUCAUGUCAGUCAUUAUGCGAAGAAGGUACAGGUAAAAAGAGAAGAAGAAAAGGAAGACGUAAAACAAAAUCAAGUGGAGAUUUGAUUGAAGAAACUGAAAGAAAUGGUGAUUUACCUACUGUAGAUGACUUCGAAUUAACCGAAACAUCUGACACUAGCCGCCGAAGACGUCGCCGACAUCCACGAAAAUUUGGAAGCCAUGAAAUAGCAGAGUUGGAUCAGUCUCCAGGCGUGAGACGUAGACGAAUGUCUGAGUAUGAUGCAAAUGGUAAUGAUAGUGUGACUAUUGAAGUUGAGGCGGAGUUAGAACGUCCUCUUCGAUCCAGAAAUAGAAGGUAUUCAAUAGAUGACGAUGAACCACGGGAAAGUGACUUUUAA